AUGGGAUCACUGCCAACUCCCAGAGUAGCUCCGUCGCAUCCAUUCACCCACACUGGUGUCGAUUACGCUGGGCCGAUACAGAUAAGACUCUCCAGAGGAAGAGGAUGUAAAUCCUACAAAGGAUACAUAGCAGUUUUUAUAUGUCUAUCAACGAAGGCAAUCCACAUAGAAGCUGUCACGGACCUUACAUCGACCGCCUUCAUGGCUGCCUUCAGGAGAUUCAUCUCGCGCAGGGGAAUAUGCACCGAUUUGUACUCAGACAACGGCACAAACUUCGUAGGAGCCAAGAAAAUCCUGGACAAGGAAACAAAAGAUGCCAUUGACGAACAAGCCAUAAAAGAAGCAGUUGCCACCGAAGCCGUGAGAUGGCACUGGAACGCUCCAGCAUCCCCCCAUCAUGGAGGUCUUUGGGAAGCUGGAGUCAAGUCCAUCAAAUAUCAUCUGAAACGAACAAUCGGCAAUCACACUUUAACAUAUGAAGAACUGUCAACGUUGCUCUGCCAAAUUGAAGCAUGCCUGAAUUCACGCCCACUAAUAGCACUCUCAGAAGAUACAGAGGAAAUAGAUGUCAUUACACCAGGACAUUUCUUAAUCGGUCACCCUCUCAAGGCGAUUCCAGAACAUCACAGCCACUAG